GUUAGCACUGCUGUCUAUAGCACUGCAUACCACAGAUUUCGUGAUUAAACAAUCACACUUCUAUCACUGUGCUUUUCUCUCCGUUUGUGUGCCUUCGUCUCAGUCUCUCUCUCUCUCUCUUGCAACACCAAUGGCUGACCCUGCUCUUCACCCGGAAACCCAACCCCUCAAGCAAAUCGCCAUAGAUUAUACCCCAGAAGCCUGCUCCCAUUGCCCCGAUUCCAAUACCAUUACCCUCACCUUCGACCACCGCGGCGGUGCUAGGUGGCGCACCACCACGAGGUACCUCUACGGCACCUUCAGCGCCCUCAUUCAGUGCCCCAAAGGUAACACCAGCGGUCUUAACUUCAACAUUUACCUCUCCUCCCUUGAGGGUGACAAGUCGCAGGACGAGAUCGACUUCGAGUUCUUGGGGAAGGACAGGACAAUUGUGCAAACUAACUAUUACACUACCGGCACUGGCAACAGGGAGAGCAUUCACCAAUUGGGUUUCGACUGCUCUGAUGGGUUCCACGAGUAUGUGAUCAAGUGGGGUCCCAACGAGAUCGAGUGGCUCAUUGAUGGGAAGUCGGUGAGGAGGGAGGAGAAGAGGGACGGUGAGGGUUUUCCUGAGAAGCCCAUGUUUUUGUAUGCUUCCGUUUGGGAUGCGAGCUACAUUGAUGAGGGGAGGUGGACAGGGAAGUACGUGGGGUGUGAUGCACCCUAUGUUUGCGUCUAUAAGGAUAUUCGGGUGCCGGCUGAGACUGCACGAGAGUGCUCUUCUGAUUUCUGAUCUGGGUUAUUGGUACAUGAGGAAUCAAAUUGCAAUUUAAGUAGAAGGCCAUGGUGGUGGGUUGUUGUGCUAGUCUUUCUCGGGAAUUUAGGUUCUAUGGGUGAGUUCUAAGAGCUCUAUAGUAGGGUGGUUCCUUGUCAUAAAUAAAUUAAAAAAAAAAAAAAUCUCUCUUCUCAAGUCUAUCUUAAUGACAUUGACAACAAAAGAAAGAAGAAAAGGUUAUUAGUAAUCAUGGAAAAAUUACUAAUAAAAAUAGACUGAGUAGUAUGAAGGAUUCACCAAGUGCAUACAUAACAAGAACCACAAAUGUAUUAGUCCCUACUUUUGAUUUGAGCAGAUUGGGAGUCAAGAUACCAAAGCCAGUUCUCUUAGAAAAUGGUUGAUUCUUGGUCUAAUUCUCAUCUCUCUUCUUGACUCAUUCUGAAUCAUGGAACAUGUGCUUUUGCUUUCUGUAAGAAUGGAACAUACCUUGUCAGACUUCCAAGUCUUCCUCUUCCCGGCUGCCGAGUAUAAAGAGAUUAAAGAAGGACAAGGAAUCCAUCUAUCUAUUUGUUUUGGCAAAUAAGGACUUUUAUUCAACAAAUACACCCUGUCAACUUUCCCUUUAAUUAGAAAAGAAAAAUAUUUAUGUAUCUUUUUCCAACAUUAUUUAUUCCAUAAAAAGAAUUAUAAAAAUACUUAAAAAAAAUUGAU